AAUGCCGUCACUGGGCUCCAAUACGCGCCAGCAACGCGCCAACCAAAUUGCACAGCACCUGCAAGGUUCUCCCCAUGGCACAAUUGGAAUGGAUGUCGCAGGUUAUGCAGUGAUCACUGGGGCCGGGUCAGGCAUAGGGAGAGCAACCGCGUUGACGUUGGCCCGAGAGGGCGCCACAGGGAUAGCCCUGCUGGACCUGGAUCAAAAGGCUCUCGACGCUGUGGGUGUCGAGGUCGAAGCCGCCGCCGCUGCAUGCGGCACUCCUAUAAGAGUCUACCGAGCUACCGUCGACGUCCGCAAUGAGAGUGACGUGACGACGGCGAUCAACAACGUCGCUCAAGAAUUCGGGCGUCUCGACUAUCUCAUCAACUGUGCAGGCGUCGCGUUCAAGCACCCAGGAGGAGCGGCAGAGGCAGCCUCAGAGGAUUGGAGCCGGGUGGUCGACAUCAAUCUCAACGGCACGUUCUAUGCGCUGCGAGCAGCGGCCAAGAUCAUGCUGCAGCAAGACUGGACCCGGUCGUCCAGGGACGGUCGCCCUCUUCAGCGUGGCUCAAUCGUGAAUAUCGGUUCAAUAUGUGGGGUGGUCGGAGUCGCCUUGUCCACGGCGUACACGGCGUCCAAACACGGGGUCAUAGGCCUGACGCGGACAGCGGCGGUCGACUAUGCCGGCUCGGGGCUGCGCAUCAACGCCGUGUGCCCGGGAUAUGUCGACACCCCGAUGGUGACCAAAGAUCAGACCCUCGCCGAGGUCGCUCGAAGGAGCGCGGAGCAAAAGGUACCUCUGCAACGCCUCGCACGGGCACAGGAGGUGGCCGACUCUAUCGUUUUCCUCUGUGGCGGGAGGAGUUCGUAUAUCACCGGCUCCACGUUGAUGGUUGACGGUGGAUUCACGGCACAAUGA